AUGUUAUGGCGACUGGUCAAUGUUGCCUGUCAAUUUGCUAAAAAUCCGGGUUGGGAAGGGGAGAAAUGGGUGUUUUUGGAUUCUGAAGGGCUAAAGAUAAUGUUGAGACUUUGUGAUAAGGGCUUGGUAAGGCAACUAGGCGAUGAACACUAAAAAUGCUAUGUUAUAGUAGAGCGAAUCGGGCCAACUGAAAAAAAUAUUUUUUAAGAAAUUGUGAAGCUUUUUAGAAAAAAUAUGGCCUUUAUUUUAAGAACUAUUUGAUUUUUCAUCUAAGAAUAUGUAAAUCACAUCGGUCUCGUAUUAUUAAAUUUUUUAAACUUUGAUUUUACUCAAGAAUAACAUGUUUGAUCAAGUAAAUCAAACAAAUUUCUAUUAUUCUCCCAUUUAUUGUUUGUCAAACGUUUUUAAAUCAAAUAAACACAAAACAAUUACGUUAUAGUAACAAAAUAUAACAAAUUUAUUUUACAGAAAGUGGAUCCGGAGACGAUUUACACGCGCCAGGAGCGCAUUGGGCGCGGCUCGUUUGGUGAAGUUUAUAAAGGUAUCGAUAAUCGAGAUGGACGAACCGUUGCGAUCAAAAUCAUUGACUUGGAGCAGGCCGAGGAUGAGAUUGAAGAUAUUCAACAGGAGAUCAUGGUCUUAUCACAGUGCGAAUCGAACUGUGUUACGAGGUAUUAUGGAUCGUACCUAAAAGUAAGUGCUUUUAAAUGUUUUUUUGGUUUUUAGGUAUGAAAAUUGAUGGAUAUUCGAUUGGAAUGUAUAGAAUAGAGCCUUUUUGAGGUAUUAUAACAUAAGAUUUGGUUUAUAGUAUUAUAGAUUGUGGAUGGACUAAUCUUUAAAAGUCGGACUAAAACAAUAUAAUUUUUGGUGGGAAAGCAUUUUUUUUUCCGUUUAGGGAUGAAUUUCGAUGGUUUCUUGUCAGUGUUAGCUAAAAAAACGUAUUUUUGAGUUUUUAUAAAGAUCUAAGCUCAGUUUUUAAACUUUAAUUUAUACUCUUAGCUACCUCAUUUUUCUCAAAAGUCCUAAAACAAUAUAAUUUUUUCUCUGUAAACUCUUUUCCUUUCAGGGUUCAAAACUAUGGAUAAUAAUGGAAUAUCUUGGAGGAGGAUCAGUGCUGGAUCUAGUAAAAUCAGGCAAACUGGACGAGAAUCAUAUCGCAGUGAUAUUAAGGGAAGUACUGAAAGGUCUAGAUUAUCUACAUACGGAAAGGAAAAUUCAUCGAGAUAUCAAAGCAGCUAAUGUCUUAUUGUCUGAAAAUGGUGAAGUGAAGUUGGCUGACUUUGGUGUAGCUGUACAGCUGAGUGAAACUGUCAAAAAACGAAUGACUUUUGUUGGAACUCCGUUUUGGAUGGCGUAAGUUUGAUUUCUAUAUUUUUGUUGUGAAUUUAGGCUUGAACCGGGAUGGUUUUGGAGGGAAUUGGGUUAAAAUUGGUGUUGAACGAAAGAGGAGAAUCUGUUCUUUCUAUCGCGGGCGAAUUUUAGAUUUAAAAAACUAAUUUUUAACAAGCUUGAACUCUUUCAGUGUAAUAUACGUCAAAUUUUUAAGCUUAAACUCCCCAAGUAUAAUUUUUUAGCCCAGAAGUGAUAAAACAAGCCUCGUACGACUUCAAAGCGGACAUGUGGAGUUUGGGUAUCAUGGCAAUUGAAAUGGCAAAUGGUGAGCCACCGAAUGCUGAUCUACAUCCAAUGCGAGUCCUAUUCUUAAUACCUAAAAAUCCACCUCCACAGCUAACUGGAGCUCAAUGGAGCCGACCGUUCAAGGAAUUUGUCGAGCUUUGUCUCAAUAAGGAUCCUAAUAAUGUAAGACGUGAUUUGUUUGGGUUUAAAACAUUAGGAAUAAAAGGGGUUUGGGGGCUUAAAGGUCUAGUUUAAUAUAAAAUUUUGAGGUUUUCGAACUUUUUUUUGAUUUUUUGGUAUGGUUAUGGUCGAAGGUAAAAUACGUAGUACAUGACGUGAUGGUGGAAAUUUGACUUGUGAAUUUAAUUUUUUUACCUAAAAACCUUGUUUCAGCGCCCAUCAGCUCGUGAGCUUCUAAAACACCCCUUCAUCCGCCGAGCCAAAAAAUCGAAUAUUCUGAUUGAUGUAAUAGAAAGAGCGGCCGAAUACAAGUCGAGACAAGUCCCAUCAUCGGAUUCGGACCAGGAUGAUGAUAACGAUUCGACAGGCUCCGCCGACCAAUGGGAGUAUCCAACGGUACGAAACUCAACCUUGGUAGUACAUAAUCAAAGUCGUGCCAAUAUCAAUGGUAUACGAAGCCCAAAUACGUCGACUACACAGAGUAGUACAAUGUCUAGUUCAAGUGGUACUUCUCAAUACAGUAAUCACAGUAAUGGCAGUGGGAGUACGGUACAUAAUGGGAAGUACAAUGAAGAGUACCGUAAUGGUCAAAGGCACAGUGAUGGCAAUGGCAAGUACGCUGAUAAUGGUCACGAAAAGUAUUUGGAUAAUAAAGGAAGGUACGGUGAAGAUAGAUCAAGGCAUGGUGAAGAUACGACGAGGUAUAGUGAGGAUACCUUAAGAAAUGGUGAAGAUAGGACGAAGCAUGGUGAAGAUAGGACGAGAUACGAAGAAAACGGUCAAAAGUAUGUAGAUAAUGGAAGAUACGACGAUGAAGACGACUACGAUUACUCACCAAAUGGCACAGUUGUAAAUAAUGGCAGGAAUCAACAGAUCAAACAGGUGGCUCAACAGCUAAAGCAGGCUAGUAUAAGGUAGGCUAUUUUAGGUCAUAAUUUCUUGACUUGUAAUGAAAAAUAGCAUAAAAUCAUCAUUUCUAAUGAAAAAUGGCACACAAUCCUCAUUUCUAUUGCAAAAUGGCAUAAAAUUUGCUUUAAUAUAAUGAGCUGUGACGUAUUUUACAGCACGGACCAACCGUCUUACUCGCAAAGUCAAGGAAACCAUUCGACGACGAUCGCACUGAAUGGAUCACCUCAACAGAGUCCGGUAAGUUCAUAUUUUUCAGAAUUUUGAGGUAAAAUACGACAUUUGUUGUGGUUCUUAGAAAGUGCAAGAAUUUUCUAUACAAAACUUUUUUAUUAUAAAAAUCGCAAUAAUUUUCUUUACAAAACUCAUCUUUUUGAAAAACAGCAAGAACUUUCUUUACAAAACUUAUUUUUUCAAAAAACGGAAGAACUUUCUUUACAGAACUCAUUUUUUUGAAAAACCGCAAGAACUUUCUUUACAAAAGAAAAAAUAUGUAUGCCUUCUUCCUAUUUAAGCAACAAGUCCACAAAGAUUACUCGAACGGUCGCCAAGAUCAGCAUCAGCGACGUCCGACGACGUCUCAAGAAGACCCGGCCUACCGGUCACGAUUGGCCCAUUCGAGCUCGCAAGUCUCGGCCAGAAGUGGCGCAUCGGUGGUGACAGUCGGCGGGGAACCCACCAAUUCAUAUCAACAAGAUCGACGACCGUUACAGUCGUUCGGGCAGCCGGUUCAGUUUAGGUAGGGGUUUUUAUGGUUUAGAUGGUGAUUUUUGAAAUUUUUUGGUUUUUCUUGAAAAAUGGUUAGAACUUUCUUUACAAAAUUGAUUUUUAGAAAACCGCAAGAACUUUUUUUAAAAAACUAAUUUUUCGAAAAACCGCAAGAACUUUCUUUACAAUUUUUUAACCUUUUUUAAUUUCCAGGUCAUCCGACUCGCAAAUCCACUACAACGAACAGAACGGAACGGCGGACUCGCGGAAGUCGGCCCACUACGCCUCACCGGCCGACUGGACCUCGACCCAACCCAGCAUACCCCAACACCAGAAACCGGCCCAAAAGGUGAAUCAACCUCGAGGCUCACUGAUCUGCACCCUACUACCAGCCCUCGACAAACUGAGUCGAACGCGGCACGGCAACGCCGAUCUGAACGGCGUAGCGACGGCGCUUCGGAGGGCAGAAAUCGCGUCGCCCGGGUUCUGCGACCACUUCGUCACCGAACUCAUAACCCUACUAGCCCACCCUCAGACAAGCAACACCGACCUGAGGAACGCCAUCGACCGAUUAACUACUGGGCAUUAA